AUGCCCAAGUCAAUUAAGAUUGAUCAAUUUCGUUAUAUGACCAGCGAAUCUUGGCGAAUUCUUAUGGCAGUUGAAAUGGGCAUGAAAAAUCAUGAGUUUGUGCCUUCUGACUUAGUCCACAAGAUUUCCCGCUGCGCACGUCGUGGCUCAUCGUUCGCAAAACUUUUACGUGAUGACCUUGUGCCCCAUGGUCUCUUGGCUUAUGAAACAGACAACCGAAAAGGCAACCGUCAUCUUUUUGAUGGCUAUUCGGGCUAUCGUCUCACGAAUCUCGGCUACGACUACUUAGCUCUUCACGCCUUGAUUAAAUCUGGUCAGGUGAUUGACCUGGGGUCGAUGAUUGGCGUAGGAAAGGAGUCAGAUGUGUACCUCGCUGUUGCCGGCGACUCGUGUGGCAGACAGUGUGAAGAAUUGGAUGGCGAGGAGAAGAAUCGCGCAGAUUUGCCAUCAAAAGGCGACUAUAUUGUUAUCAAAUUCCACCGGCUAGGUCGAACGUCGUUUAGAAAGGUGCGAGAGAAACGUGAGUAUCAUCAGGGAAGGAAUACUUGCUCAUGGCUCUACCUUGACCGGCUGGCUGCCAAACGAGAAUUUGAGAUGAUGCAGAUUCUGUAUGACUACGGCUUGCCCGUCCCAUGUCCCCUCGCGAACAAUCGUAACGCCGUUGUAAUGAGUCUGGUUUCAGAUGCUGUUCCCCUCUGUAAAGUUCUUCCGACGACCUUGCGGGCCAAUAACGGCGCCCUAGCCAAUAUCCUCUACGCCCAGGCAGUGGAAAUUCUUGAAAAGAUUACCUCUAACGGUCUCAUUCAUGGUGACUUCAACGAAUUCAAUCUGCUUAUUGGGGGUUUGGCUGGCGGCGCCUCAAAAGAUUCCACUGCCGCCCCAGACGAUGGCGACACCACCAACGACGUCGAUCUCGACAAGGUCCAACUCAUCCUAAUUGACUUUCCUCAGAUGAUUAGUCGCGACCAUCGAAAUGCACAGGAAAUCUAUGAACGCGAUCUAAAUGGGAUCGUCGGUUUCUUUGACAAAUUUCUCGAAUUAGACCCAACCAAUAUCCCUCCCAAGUCUCUACUUGAUAUUCCUCGAACCGGCAGCAUGGACGUGGACUUAAAAGCUCCCGGUUACAUCCGUGAGAAACCAUCAAAAAGGAGUGCCGGUCGACGAGUUGUAGAAGACUCAGACCUUCUUGUCGGCACAGUCGCCGCCCUCGCGCUGAAUGACGACCGGAGCGAGACUUCAAGCGAGGAGGAAGAGAUCACAGACAGUGGAGAGGACGAAGAAGACGAAGAGGCGCAAGACGUCGACGCGGAGGUUCAGGGCAGUUCAGCGGAAUACGAGUCAGCGUUGUCGCAUGAGGAGGAGGAGAGCGCUUCAAGCGAAGGCUUUACCACACCAUCCAUGGCCAGGUGCAAUCUUGGGUUAAACAAUAAGACAGCAUCACAGACAAUAAUCAGUCGAGAUGAGGUUAGGGAGCGCAGAAAACGGGAGGAGAAAAAGCGCAUGCAAAACGAAUUCCGUCUCAGGAUUAAGCGCCAGCAACGCGCCAGUACCAAGAACAAAAGCCGUGCGGAGAUAAUUGCCGAAACAAAAUUAUUUGCUUAA